CAACAUCAAGUGGUAUGGGCUCCUGUUCAAAUAUGACUAUAGCAAAGGAGGAGGACAUCUCUUUGGCUGAUGAGUCCUUUGACAUCAUCCUGGAGCAAAUAAAGCAUGGAGAGAAGAGAUUCCAGGAGAAAAUUUUAAACAUCAGUUUCCUGAGUUCAAUAUCUGCACUUUGCAGGGAUGCUGAAGAGAGCAGCUUGGAGGAACCACACCUGCCAUACUCAAAAGCAACUUUGGCAGAGCAUGUUGUGAUGCUGAUGGCAAAUCUACCUGAACGGUCAGUGCCAAACACUACCCUGAUCUGCGCUAUGUUUGCUAUCCAGAAUCUCAGCAAACUCAAGCCACCCCUUCCCACAGAUGUGGAAUCCAGUAUUCUGCGGUUUGCUCUUCAGGGUGUUUUAAGUAUGGACAUUGAGGAGGCCAAUGCCCACAGUCAGGCACUUUACAAAACUUCCUCAGAUACAUUGCAGGCAAUGCUGAAGGGGCUGCUGGAGGAAGAGCCAACAACUGGGCACCUCCUCUUCAUACUGGAGCACAUUAACUUCUGGAUCAAAUCCAGAGAUCCUAAGGAGAGAGCCAGGGCUCAGAAAGUCAGCACAGCCCUGCUCCAACAUGCAGUGCUCUCCUCACAUUUUGAUGAUUUGAUGACCUCCCACUGA